UGUUGAUGAAAGCAGUGAACUUGUGAUAGUGGAAGAAGAUCAUGACUAUGCAGCUUCCUUAGAACUUUCGGCUGUUGGAAAUUCACUGCCAAUUGCUGAAAUUUGUGGUUGCGAUAGCAGCAUGAAAAUUACAAACGAAAAUAAUAA